AUGGUUGUUGAUUCUGGUUAUGUUGAAGGGGCAGAGCGUCUAGACAAGUACGAACCGGGAGGCUUUCAUCCCGUUCUAGUUGGCGACAGGAUAUAUAAUCGAUAUGAAGUGGUCCACAAAUUGGGUCACGGAGGUUGGUCGACUGUCUGGCUUGUUCACGACUCCCAAGAGCAGCGGUACCUUUCGCUGAAAGUAGGCAUUGCAAACUCCCUGCCGCAUGAGGUGCCGAUUCUUCGAACUCUCCGUGCACAGCCGGAAGCCCCAGGGUUUGAAAACAUUCCGCAUUUGCUCGACGAGUUCUCCGUCAGUGGCCCCAACGGCUCGCACCCCUGCUACACUACCGCCCCUGCCCUCUGCAACCUGAGGGAGUGCUCAUUCAGCCGGCUAUUUCAUCUUGACGUUGCCCGUGCUAUGGCCUAUCAGCUGGUUCUCGCCGUCGCUUACGUUCAUUCACAAAACUUCGUUCAUGGUGGUGAGAGUCAAUAUUACAUCUUUAUACUUCAGGCGCACGGCUAG